AAUGAGACGGUAUAUUUUGGUAUAUUUCUAAGAGUCCGACCGUAUAUUUGAUCGAUAAGUUCACGGUAACACUGAUAAGAUUUGUGACAACGAAUCCAGCGGCCAAACUGACCAAUCAGUCAAACAAAAAACCACGGAACAUGGGCAAACACAGAACUGCGCAGCAAGAUGCCAUAUUCAUCGCAUUUAUGGAGAGACACCCAAUGAUAGCCAUAAACUACCUCAAGGGUGAUAAGCUGGCAGCUGAAGCCGCCUGGAAGCGGCUUUCAAAGGAGUUAAAUAGCGUGGGUCCGCCUGUCAAAGAAGUUUGUGAGUGGAAAAAAAUAAGUGCCGAGCAAUUGCGCUAUGUUCCGUCAUCUCACUUGGCUCUUGAUAGGUAUGGAAAGACUGAAAAAGCUGCAUUCGUAAAAAGAUUAACAAUAACAGGCUGGAAGAUUCAAAUGCCUGCGGCAAAGGCUCGCUGUAUCAGGAUACACUCACUGCUCUAGAGGAUGCAGUGGCCGUGAUCUGUGACUUGUAUGAUAAGCACGACGAGGUCACAGCCACAGAUGACGAUGAUGAGGAAGAAGAUGACUGCUUCAGCCGGAUCAAUGACAGACAUAUCGGCGUGAAAUUGGAGCGCACUAGCACUUCGCAAACUCCAUCUGCCAAAAAGCGCAAGCUGGUUCAAAAUGAUGUAAAUGAAUUAGAAAUUGAACACGAGAGCACGGUGCCGAUGCUAAUGGACAUUGCAAAGGAGCUGCAGGACAUGAAUAGACAAACUCGCUUGAACGCCCAGCGCACAGAAGCCAAUACGGACGCGCUUUUGGCUCUAGGCACACAGAUCUCAGACCUAAUGCAGCAACAGCUCAAGGAGCGCAAGCGUCUUAAUGCUGUAAUGGAGAAAUUUGUUAUGAAACGCCGAUUGGCCAAACGAUAAAAUAAACAAUUUGUUUCCUUUGGCAAAUAUUUUGAUACUCAACAGACACGCAGUUGGUUUUGGCGGGAACCUUUUGAAUUGAAUUUUCUUGUCAAAAUUGUGUAGUGUACUGUUUUUUAGUUCCAAUAUCGUUUCUGGGUCUUCCGUUCAACGGUUUCCGGGUCAGAGGCUCACGAAUACAAUUAUUGAUGAGCAUAUGAAUGGGAAAAUUAUGCAUUAAUGACUAUGAACUAUACAAUUUUUAAAUAAGCUGCUUUUAUAGUAUUGCUAGUUAGGCUUGCGAAAUGAAAUAAAGUUCAUAUAUAUACAGUUGCACAUAUUUAAUUUAAGUGCGUAGUGUAGAGCUGAACUAUAAACAAUCCUUCGAUUUGAUCACACGAUUGGCCCAGGACUUGUCCACCUUUUCUGCUGAUGAACUGGCCUGGAUUAUCGAGCACUGUGUGGAUGGCAUGCGACAGGGAGACGCCAAGUGCGUUGGUUGGAAGGAUUUGUUGCCAGAUUCACUGGCUCUGCUUUCGGCAACUCCACGUUUUAUACUAAAUGGGGUGGGAACCGAUGGAACCGAGUAUAGAAACAAUACAGUGAAAAGUAUAUGUACCAUGCGAUGGCCGUCUUCAAUCCUGACCCCCAUUGCUGACAUGUUCAAGGCCAUAAAUCUCAGCAACGGAGAAAUUUUUACCGUAUUAAAUAAAUUCUCCGGGGCUCUGCAGGAGCUAUCGCCAAUGGAGCUACCAGCUCUGUGCUUCCAGCUCUUUUCCAUGUGCCAAAAUGCCUCACAACUGAUUGUACCGCUGCUGGCAUUGGAGAAGUAUUUUCAACGCAAUUACUAUAAGCGCUUGUUCUCAGACAUGAGCAGCAACUCUACAGAUUUCGACAGCAUAGAUCCAUUUUCGGACAAAGAGCUGCGGGAGGCCGAAGAGACUAUACUCCAUCAUUUGAAUUACUGUACUAUGUAUAAACUAACUGAGAAACAUCUGGCCGUAAUGUUGAGGAACUUCUCGCAUUUGCCCGAUGUCAUUCUCACGCCAUUCAUGCUCAGCGCCAUUAUUUCGAUGACAAGUGUGAAUCGUGAUCCAGAAUCUGCGCGCAUCUCUCGAUCCAUUUUGCUGCCAUUCUUGCGAAAUGUCAUAAAGAAUAAUGAAGAAGAGAUAACUUUAGCAGACUACUCCGUUUGGUAUCGUGAUUCGUUACAGCGCAAACAAGUCGACUUGCAGCAGGUCUUAACGGUGCUCAUAGAUCAGAACAAAGAUGGAAAAGAUGUGAUAACACCAGGACUAGUCCACCUAGUAUUUUUUCUGCUUAAAUCGCACUCGCCCAAAAUGCAUACUCUAGCAAUUACUUUUUUAACAAAGUUCAUUCGCAAACGUUUCAUCUUUGGGCAAGGCAUCAUUAGACUCCUCUCUGAGUGGAUGAUUGUACAUCAAGAUCAAAACCAGUUUUCGGAAUGUUUAACACUAUUAAGUGUAGCUGGUACACCGUCUCAGAAUGCACUAAAUGACCUAUUUCGCUACUUGUUUUUUGUUUGACUUAUUUCGCUAAAUCCUCUUUUUACGCAAAAUGCAAUAAAAGCAA